UAACACUGAGUUACCCUAUGAUUACAGGAAGCCAACGAGAGACAGAACAUUGAGGACAAUACAAAGUGAUCUGCAAAAUGCAGCAAUGGAGGAGACAAGAGAGAUAGAGGGGCAACAUGAUUUGGAUCCUCGUCGUUCUGACCUCCUCUGUCUGCGGGAGAAGAUGAUCUGCAGGAUCCUUCUGCUCAUCAGCCUGACCUCCUGUGUCUCUGGAAUAUUUGAAGUGAACGUGACACAGACCUCCUAUCAGGCAGAGGAGAACCACAACAUCACACUGGAAUGGAUGUUUACAACCAGACCUGACAGUUCCUCCACCUCACUGAACAUCUACUGUCAACUGUUCACUGAUCAAAAUGACCCAGUCCUGUAUCAUGUACAUAAGGGUGAUGAGGUCCCAGAGUCUCAGGAUGAACAGUUUGCAGGACGAGUUCAGAGGGACAAAGACGCCCUCAGAGAAGGACGAAUCAGACUCCAUGUGUCCAGACUCAGGACUAAUGACUCUGGUCUGUAUGUGUGUGAUGUGAAAACAGAUGAUGGUGACAGCUCUGACAGAUGCCACCUCAAUGUCACUGCAGCUGUUGAUCAGCCAGAACCUCAGAAACCUACUGAGAGACCACAACCAGAGAGUCGGGACAGGAUCGGCCUCUACGUUGGACUGACAGCAGCUGGACUCGCUGUCUGUGCUGGACUCUUUGUUUUUAGACUUUGUUAUAAUCCUGAUGUGAGAGAACAUGCAGAGGAACAUGAGUUAGAGAACAUGGAUGCAGCAGAAUAGAAGUUAUGUUUCUCAGUUUCUGUCACUGCAUCUUUUUGCUUUCUGUGUUCAUGAAGCUGAUUUUUCUCUGUUCAUCCAACCUGAGCUCUAUUUUAACCCUGUAUCUGAAAACCUGGUGGAAAGAAUUUCACCAGAAUUGAUGAUUAGGCUCUGGGGGAAAAAAUUAACCAAAAUCUAAAGUGCCAUAUUGAUCAGUGCAAGUGGGCAUGUUCUAUCACAUAUUUACUUGUAAGUCAAGAUUCCAUUGAGAAACUGCACUUUCCUGAACAUAAACAUCGAAUUUCAUUCACAUCUGAUGAAGGGGAACGAAUGGCUGAAAUUUGAGAGCACAGUUAUUGCAAUGCUGCAGAGUUUAUGAUAUUGAAACUUGAGUUUGCUCUCCUUUGUGAAGACCGAAACCUGCUUGUUGCUGCCUGCAGCUUUCAUUUUGAUGACUGAGCUGCUUCUUUCUCUUGAGCACUAACAUGUUUGAUCCCGGCUAUUCCUGCACUGAAUUUAGUGUUUACACAGUGUUGUUACAAAGUUUACUGUACCUGUUACCUAUUUUUUAGUGUGAAUUUCUUUUUUAUAUUAUUUAUUCGCAAUUAACCAUUUCUGAUUCUGAUUUUGAGUUUUUAUGACUCUAAAGUUUGUUUCUUCUGCAAAGCAAUUCUUGAUUUUAUGAAACACUUUCAGACUUUAAAGUUUGACUCCGUUAGAUUUUACAAAAUGAAAAUCCUGUUUUGUUUUUUCUUUUUUUUGUUUUACAAAAGUGUAACGUGUUUAGUGUUUGUCUAAAUCAUUCUUAUUGAUUAAGAGUCACAAUUUCGGAGCAGCUAAUAAAUGCUGUAAUGUUGAAACAAAAAAACA